UCAGCACCCUAUCAAACAAACCAAUACAACAAACAAACAAAACACCUUUUUUUUUUGCCCCUUUCUUCAAAAUCUCAUCUUUUUCUUCGCCACCUUACAAACUUCCCAAAUUCAGCGAGAAAAUUUAUCCCCAGAGGAUCUCGUGAAAAAAUGGCAUUUUCGGUAUUAUCGUCUUCUUCGCAUCUCUGUCUCCCGAUGAAGCCUCGUAGCUUUAUCCCAGUUCGGUGCUCGUCGGCGUCGGUUUCGAGCCGAUCGAGGUCGCUGCAAUUCGACCUGAAGAAGUAUUGGACGACGCUGAUAACGGAGAUCGAUCAGAAGCUCGAUGAGGCGAUUCCGGUCAAGUACCCGGAGCAUAUCUACCACGCGAUGCGGUACUCGGCCCUCGCCGAGGGCGCCAAGCGGGCCCCGCCGGUCAUGUGCGUCGCCGCCUGCGAACUCCUCGGCGGCGACCGCCUCGCUGCUUUCCCCACCGCCUGUGCCCUAGAAAUGGUACACGCUGCUUCAUUAAUCCAUGACGACCUUCCCUGCAUGGACGACGACACUUCACGUCGAGGCAAGCCCUCCAACCACACAAUCUACGGCGUUGACCUGGCGAUCCUCGCGGGCGAUGCACUCUUCCCAUUGGGAUUUCGCCACAUUGUCUCACACACGCCGUCCGACCUGGUGCCAGAGCCCCGUGUCCUCCGCGUGAUUGCCGAGAUUGCCCGUGCAGUUGGGUCCACUGGGAUGGCUGCAGGGCAGUUUGUCGACCUGGAGGGGGGACCCAAUUCCAUCGAAUUCGUGCAGGAGAAGAAGUUUGGCGAGAUGGGUGAGUGCUCCGCAGUGUGCGGAGGGCUCCUGGCAGGCGCCAACGAUGAGGAGAUACAGAGGCUGAGGAGGUACGGUAGAGCUGUGGGGGUUUUGUACCAGGUGGUUGAUGAUAUUCUGGAAGAGAAAUCAAAGAAGGGUCAUGAAACAGAUAGUGCUGAGAGGAAGAAGAAGGGUAAGAGCUAUGUAGAAGUUUAUGGGGUUGAGAAGGCAAUGGAAGUUGCAGAGGAGCUUAGAGCAAAAGCCAAGCAAGAAUUGGAUGGGUUUGAGAAGAAAUAUGGUGACUCUGCCGUACCACUUUAUAGCUUCGUUGAUUACGCCGUUGAUAGAGGAUUUAGCAUUGGCAAUUCAAGUUCAUAAUUGGACUUUUUUCCUUGGCGAAUCAAGCCUUAAAAAGUUUAGCAAAGUGUGUGGAUUUCACUAGUCAUUUUAUGUUCUUCUCCGUCAAAGAUACCAGGAUGAGAGAUUUGUGUUUCCCCAAUUGUGUAACUCUUGUUACGGGUAUUGAAUUGAAUUGAGAGAACCACAUAGUAGUAUAGCACUAAACGCUGUUAGAACAUGAAUACAUGAAUUAUCAUACAUUCAUACUUUUCUUCGUUC